AUGGCGGCGGUGAAGGUCGUCAGGGACAGCACUCCACACAUCAAGCCAAUGGCGACCGAACUGUUUGAAGAUAUUUUUGAGGUCCGUCAAUUGAAUCCCGAUGGCAAGAAAUUCGACAAAGUGACCCGCGUCGUGUGCAAGGGUGUGUCGUACGAGCUGGAGCUAACUCUGGAUAUUAAUUCGGAGGUAUAUCGUCUUCGUCAGAACGAAAAGUUUACUUUGGCACUGGUCAGCACACUAGAUUUAGAAGGAAAGCCAGAUGACGGGAUUUUUAACCAGUCGGGAAAGCCAACACUUCUGGAUCGUUAUGACUACGGCAUGUACGGAAAAGUAUUUCAGUACGACCAUGAAGGAGGCAACAUGGUAGCCAUCUAUGCAAGUUUUGGAGGUCUGCUAAUGUGCCUGCGAGGUGAGCAGCGCCAUUUACACAUGAUACAUAACGACACAAGAAUCUACUGCUUGCUCCGAAAGCAAGAAUCGUAA